GUGGCUCGGAGUGGCGGGCGACAUGUUCCGGGCACCGGACAGCGAGGGCGGCCGCGACGGCCCCAGGGCCACAAAGCCUCCGGGAGGAGAGCUGGGCGAUCGUCCAGAGGAAGCCGCACCUCCACGCAGGCCGGACAGGAUGGCUUCUAAUAUUUUUGGACCAACCGAAGAACCUCAGAACAUACCCAAGAGGACCAACCCCCCUGGGGGAAAAGGAAGCGGUAUAUUUGACGAAUCGGGGCCUGUGCAGACUCGACCGCGUCUGAACCCACCGGGGGGCAAGACCAGUGACAUUUUCGGGUCCCCCGUCGCUGCUGCCUCACCCACGGCACACCCAAACAAACCCAAGGACCACAUGCUCCUGUGUGAGGGAGAGGAUACACCAGACCUCAGAGCCAGUGCCUCACCCAGACAAGAUCCAGGUGAGCCCGGCGGCCCAAGAGAAGCAGCCCGCGUCCAGGAGCCAGCGCCCACCGUCGACAGCCAUGAACCCCGGCUGGGUCCCCGGCCUCGCUCCCACAACAAAGUCCUGAACCCGCCCGGAGGCAAGUCCAGCAUCUCCUUCUACUAAGAGGCCUGCCGCGUCCCAUAGCCAGACAAGAAACUCCAGAUAUAGGAUUUCAAAUAGUGUAGUUCCUUUAGCCUGAAGGAGCAGGGUGGGGAGAGGGUCUCUCCGGUGGACACCUGAGGCUACUACCCAGUUCACGGCCGUCUCGAGAUGAGGACCCACCUUCUGGACUCCAAGGGAGGAGAUGGGGCCCUGGUGUGAGAGGAGCUCCCGGGUGGGCGGGAGGGGAGUGGGGCCAGGCCAGGUGCCCCCGAGAAGUGGGGUCUCACGUCCUCGGUGUGUUUGCUAAUCGGGUAUCUAGGAAUCACUAACACAGUAGCAGAGAUUAAAACCUUUGAGAGAAAACCAAAACCACAGGUCUGCCGCUGUGGGACAGAGGAGCCAUUCCAGGGACUUGUUCGGCCCCACUGUUUCUCACCUCCAUUCCAGAGAUUUUCUUGAAACGUGUUGGUUGCUUUUCCUCAGCAGCUGUCAACAGAAAACCAAAAUGCUGUGUUCCGUCAUAUGCUUUAUGGAGAGAUUUUGCACCCUGCUUCUGCCCUCUCAAACCUCGGCCAGGUCUUAACGUAGGAAUCUCUGCUUUUUGUCCACGAGAGACUGGUUUAGACUCCACUCUACAGGCAGUCUUGCUUGUGAGUUGUUCCUUUUUUCCUCAUCAGCCUUAAGUCUGGGCCUUUACUCCUCACCAGUGAUGUGGACUGCUCCCUUCACCAGCGACACUUCCUGUCGGCAAGACCACUACCUUCUACAGGACUUUAAAACUACCCAGACAUAUCCAGGUACUGGCGUUGUUACUGUUCCUGUGUCCUCCUUUAUAUUCCUGCUGACAGUGGGAAGCAUAGAUGCCUGAGAACCCUGGGUUCUUAGGUUUGGCUUCUUUGGUAAUAGCUCAAGACCUGUUCUCAAGUGCCAGCUUUACUUCAGUAACUGUUGACUCUAGUCUGUUUCUGACACCUUUCUAGAAAAAAGUCUGUCGCUCAGGUACACCAAAGAGGAGGGAGAGUUUUCUUAGGGCACCCUUUCUAAAGCUUUGCAGAACCUCUGGGCCACAUUCAGUUUCCAGACAAGACUUAAGAGACCUUAGGCCAGGAGAUUAAAUAGUUUGGCAGUACAUUCUCAGCUGUCUCAUUCCAUGGUAUUUGCCAGCAGAGAUACCAGACUGGCAAGAGUCAUGAUGCUAUAGUCUGUCAGAUGGAAGUUUCUCCCAUUGUGCCUCUAAAGGGUCACAGUGUCAGCACCUAUACUACAGUCACGGGAGACCAGCAGUUUGUCGGGGGUAACUAUGGGUCCGAGUGCCCACUAAGUUCAUACAGGUGCUAGAAACGUCUUCGUCACUGCAGUGUGGCCACGUGUGUAAUGGCCUGAACACUCCAGUGCCUGUGGGAGCUCCCCGCCAGGCUCCACACCCUCCACCAGCACUGGAGGUCUGCACGGUGCUUGCCAACCAAAGACCCGCUCCUGUCCACCUGCUGACUUUGGAGCUGAGAAACUCUUAUUCCAUGUGAUUCUCUCAAGCGCCUCCUGUCUCCCUCCAGCCUUCAAGUGGUCGUUUAUAAGAAAGUUGUCUGGAACUCAGAGCAUUUUUUCCCCCAUUAAAAACUGACAUAACUGGUGAUUAGCUAUUAAGCUCAAACACACUGACUUACACAAGUUACAAUGAGAUGUUCCAAAAGUAGGCGUGAACUAUUUAUAACCAUUUUGUUGUGCGUUUUAACAUACAAGAAAACGAUUUGUGGAUUCCAUAUUGGAUGGUCAAGAAGACCCUGACAUGCUGCUGGCCCUCAGGGCUUCGGCCUUACUGUCAGCUGCACAAGGGGAAGAGCUUUCUAAAUCAGUCCCCUGGCAGGGACUUUGGGGCAGAGCUGGGAACCAAGGCUGAGUGGGGGUUGGGGGAGGAGAUCACCACCGGGGCAGAGCCCAACGCAGCAGGACCGCGUCGCCUUACUCUCGUCCCGUUUCCCUCUUCCUUUCCUUCCUUGGGGCCAUGGGCCUGGGUUGAGGGAGCUGGGAUGGUCUGGUCAUGGGAGGAGCCGCAAAAAACUUUGCUCCUUUGAACCUGAUGGGGGAGGCCAUUUGUAUUUGGAAAAUGCUCUGUACGUUGGGGAUUGCCUAUGUUUGGGAGGUUCAUUAACUCUCUGCAUCCUUUUCUCAGCCUCCAAGCUACAUUGAGAAAUUACUGGUCUGUGUUUUUAUUAAGCCUUCAAACUUUUUUUACAUGCAUUUGGUGCCAACUCUUUUGUAAAGCUGUCAUUGGAAACAACAAACCUGUGCUCACAUCACAAUGUAACCUUAAGAGGAGCCUAUUAUUUUUACAAGGCAGGAGUGGGUAUAGCUUUUGAAUUAAACUUAGCAAUCAUGUAC